GGCUGUGCUGAGCUGCCUUCAGGGCUCGGCAUGGCCGUGCUAGUGAGAGCCGCAGCCCGGCAGUUGCGCUGCGCGGCUCGCGCGGUCAUUCCCUGUACUUGGAAAGGGAAAUACUUCAGCUCCGGGAAUGAGCCGGCAGAAGACAACCGCGUGACGCCGAUGCUGCGGCAUCUUCUGUACAAAAUCAAGUCCACCGGCCCCAUCACUGUGGCCGAGUACAUGAAGGAGGUGUUAACCAACCCAGCCAAGGGAUAUUAUGUGCACCAUGAUAUGCUGGGAGAAAAAGGAGAUUUCAUUACCUCACCUGAAAUAAGUCAGAUCUUUGGAGAGCUUUUAGGGAUAUGGUUCAUUAGUGAAUGGAUGGCGGCUGGGAAAAACACAGCUUUCCAGCUGGUGGAACUGGGCCCUGGUCGGGGCACCCUCAUGGGAGACAUUUUGAGGGUGUUCAGUCAGCUUGGAUCUGUGCUAAAGAACUGUGACAUUUCAAUACACCUGGUAGAGGUGAGCCAAAGAUUAAGCGAUCUUCAAGCAUCAACACUGACUGAAGCAAAGAUCCCACUAGAGCGGAAUGCAGAGUCUCUAGUAUAUAUGAAAGGUGUUACUAAGUCUGGGCUCCCAGUAUCCUGGUACCGUGCUCUACAGGAUGUUCCAAAAGGGUACAGCUUUUUUCUUGCACAUGAAUUUUUUGACGUUCUUCCUGUGCAUAAGUUUCAGAAAACACCCCAAGGGUGGAGAGAAGUACUCAUUGAUAUUGAUCCACAAGUUUCCGAUAAGCUGAGGUUUGUUCUGGCGCCUUGUGUCACCCCUGCUGAAGCUCUUCUGCAACACGAUGAAACAAGGGAUCAUGUUGAAGUAUGUCCUGAUGCUGGGGUUAUCAUUCAAGAACUUUCUGAACGCAUAGCAGUCACUGGAGGUGCUGCACUGAUUGCUGAUUAUGGUCAUGAUGGGACAAAGACAGACACUUUCAGAGGAUUUUGUGGCCACAAGCUUCAUGAUGUCUUAAUUGCCCCUGGAACAGCAGACCUAACAGCUGAUGUGGACUUCAGUUAUUUGCGCAGGAUGGCACAAGGAAAAGUAGUUUCUCUGGGUCCAAUACAACAGCAAACAUUUUUAAAAAAUAUGGGUAUUGAUGUCCGGCUGAAGGUUCUUUUAGGUAAAUCGGAUGAGCCACUGAUGAGACAGCACUUACUUCAGGGGUAUGAUAUGUUAAUGAACCCUCAGAAGAUGGGAGAAAGAUUUAACUUUUUUGCCUUGCUGCCUCCUCAGAGACUUCAUGGUGCAAGUCAUCACGUGAAUGCAUGCCAGUCAACGCCCUCUGCAUCACCUGUGGCUGGGUUUGGUGAACUGGUUUGGCAGUGAUAUUUCAGCUUAGAGGUUUUAAUCCUUCACUCUGCCUAAGAAGUCAAAAUAAAGGGAGCACAUUUCAUA